CCGCUUUCAUUGGUGUAUAGACCCCAAACUACUACUCCACAUCAACGACGAGUGGACAGAGCAACAUAUAAAUCAAAGGUAUUUGUUAGCCAUAUUGACGAAAUAACCUUAGCAUAGCACAAAAGGAUUUAGAGGAAUUUCUCUUGGGAAAAGCAUCAGAACGAAAGUCGCUAUCAUCUUGGUCGCCGGGUAAGAACGUGUUUAGGCUAGUCUUUUAUUCGGCUUUCAUGCAUGAGACUUGACCUAUAUUGUGUAGAGUACUAAUAUUAUAAUUAAUUUGUUUGGAUGCACCGUAGCUCUGACCUUGUACUUUUUUUUAAUUUUUUACAGAAAAUAAGUCCAAAUAUUUAUUUUGACGCCAACUAACAAAAUAGAAAUCGUUAUUGUCGGCCCUUAUUGCCUCACUGGAUAGGCUAAUUGGCUUUGAAUGUCACAUCUGCACGCCAACGAAAAGUGCGUGUGUCUGCUUUGCCUAAACAUACCGUUCCAUGGGGUAGAAAUUGUAACAAACGUUAACCCCAUACAUUUGAAAUGUGUCAGUUAUCUCGACAGUCUUAGGUUUAUGUACUCUUGUGUAUUUCUGUUUUUGUAUUUGCUUUUUUGUUCAUUGAAGGUUUACCCCAUGGAUAUUCAAUCUGAAGGACAUCUGCCUAAAAAAAGGCUAUACAAGCCAGAAUGUUUACUAAAAUUAUUUACACUAACUACAGGUUGUUUGUCCUUGAUGGUAGGAGGUGGAGAUAAGUGUUUACCUGACUGGUUGCAGCGCAAGUAGGUUCAGUCCCUCUUAUUUUCAAUCUCCUAACACAUUGUAGUGGACUGAAGCAUGUUCCCUCAUAAUCAACUGGAAGUGUUUGUGAAAUUUGCCAGCUGAUUGAGUGGGACAACAUUCUGUUUGGUUCGGUUAGGCUCGCCCAUAUUGUGCAAGUGUUUGUCAUGUGUUAAAAGGUCGUGCUUCUACACCUGCAUUGCUUGCUGUUUGGGGUUUUAGGCUGGGUUUCUGUACAGCACUUUGAGAUAUCAGCUGAUGUACGAAGGGCUAUAUAAAUAAAUUUGAUUUGAUUUUUUAAUGCAAUUACUUAAGUUAAAGGCCUUUGAAUUACAUUAUUGAUGUGAGUCAUCUUCGGUGCAUAAUAUUUUAGUGGCUUUCUGAGUGAGAGAACUUAAAAUUGGGAAAUGUAUUGUGCAUGCAUUCCAAGUGGAAUUCUAGUGUGACUAUUGGAGCAGAGCCCUUAUUUCCUCCAGUACAGUUGAUCUAGUGACACAGCCAGGUAGCUACUCUGCUAAUACCAUUACAGUUCCUCAUGUGACCAAGCAGACUUAGUUACUAGGUGGACUGGUUCUUACCAGAGUUAUUGUAUAGCUAGAUUGAUUAUUACCAUCUGCAGUGUAAUGGGCUUUCAAGCAAGACCGAUUAAGUUCCCCUCUGCUCUGUCAAGCAGGAUUAAAUAAUCAAGGAAUGGUAGAGACUGGCAGGAGCUUGCCUUGCAUCCUACAGUGUGCCCUCACACAAGGCCAGGAGUUUUUCCUAAACCAUAACCUGGCCAGGAAAAAAUAAGAACCUGGAGUUUCCCUUGGCCAGGACAUGCUUCAGUCACACCAUCCCAAGUCUGUAACUAGCACAAUCAUUCCUCUGAGAAGGCCCAUCUCGCGGCAUCGCCUACCGCCCUUGCAGCCUCUCACUUGGGGAGGAUGGAUGCGGAGGCAGCCUCUCCGUCUCUCUCCUCCACGGUGGCAGGGCCCUCCACACUGUGGCGUCUCGCUGAGCGGAGGAGUAGGAAGGCUGGCUCAGGGAACAUCUUUGGCGGAGUGAACCUGCGUCAGCUGCAGAGGCUGUUCACAGCAGCUGGGGACCAGGAUGCAGAGCAGAGGGCUGAGCUGGUGUGGGGCCACGGGGACGAGGCUGAGCUGGCCCAGGCCCUGAUAGGACUGAGGGCGAGGGGCCGACGGAGAGGACUCAGGGUGGAGGGGCGAGGCACACUGGGGUCGCGCUGGCUCCGGGCGUUUACUCAUCUGAGGAUUGGUAAGAGUUCAGAGAGUAGCCAGCAGAGCAAAGAGCAGUCAUCAGACAACAAGACUGAGGCAAGAGCAAAACACAGCAGCCCAGAUACACAGCCACUGACUCAUAAGGGCCCCAGAGGUGCUACAGGAGUCAGAGAGGACCUAACUGAGGGCCAAGGGCCUGCAGGGGCCUCUGAGAGACCAGUCAGACCAGGAGCUCUACUGAAGAAAGGAGGGGAGAGCGACCCGGAGAGGUACCUCCACCGCAUCCUUCACUGAUGGACACAGAGGACUAGGAUGACUUUGUUGCCCCUAGAUCCCUUCCCCCACUAAUCAUUCAUGUGUGUAUUAGGUGAUGGCAAACUGAUCCUAGAUCCGUGGUUGGGGACAACUUCUACGUGGAGUAAUGACCAACCCUAGUUCAGAGAGUGACAAAGUCAAAGAUACUAUAUAUUUUUACCUCUGUCCAACCAAGAUCAGAUGAAUGAAGAACAAACUGGAUCUACAAGAUGGGGAACACUUUGAUAUGAUAUUCUAACAUUUCAUUCUCUCUCAGGAACUGGCUUAUCUGUUCUUCUGUUUGUCUCGUGUCUCUUAAGAGCAUCACGUAUUAGACCUUGGAUUCCUACAAAGGAUUAAGGAAAAAGGUUUAGACUGUGUGGGAUAUAGUAGAGCACCUCGAGAGCUCAAUUCCACCUGGACUUGUUUUUGAAGUAAGUAUUUUGGUCAUUUGAUUCUCCAAAUUAGACAAAUGUGCCAAGGUGCAUCCUAAAAAGAAAGGAAAUUAAGUUGAUGUCAACCGGAAAGGAGAUAUUUUGAAGAAGUCAACAUUUUGACCAGGGUUGCGGAACUCAUUCCAUACAGGGACAAGUGUCUGCUGGUAUCGUUAUUUCCUUUUCAAUGUGUAAAAACGGAAACAACGGGUUCAAACUUUAGAACCCAGUUCCUACAUUUGAAUAUAGAAAUUGAUUUUAUCAAACAAAACUAUGCUACAUUUUAUCUCUUGGACACUCAGGAUGACAAACCAGAGCAAGAUUACUGAAUGUAAAUACAUUCACCUCUGAAGGUAAAUAAUGUAUCAAACCAAGUGCUGUGCUGAAAGUUGGAUGUUACUUAAGUCAUUCUAGUCAGAUUAGCGCACGUUAGCAACAACCGUCCCAGUAUAAGGACACCGAUCUCAGAGGUUAAAGGGCCAGAUGCACAAUUAAAGGGCAACUACACUCAAAUCAAUUUGUUAGUUUCCUUCCAGAAUUUAUGCUAUUCUGAUGUGAUUUAAGCAUUGACAUGGACUCAGAACAUCCAAUUUUGAUGUUUCUCUAAAACAAUUUAAUUGUGAGAUUCAAAACAGGAAAAAUAAAACAAUUUGAGGGGGGGGGAUUUGUUUUUGGACCCCCACCCCUUAGUUGUUUUAUUAACCAUUCUU